AGUCUUUGCACCUCUUGCUCCAGUUCUUGUACUCUUUUUAGGAGUUUUUCAGUCUGGUUUCUGUCUGUGUCAUCAGCCAUGAUACAACGGCCCCAGGAAUAAAGGAAUCAUACAGGUCCGCCCUGUCUGAAAAGAGAGCAAAGGGAUACAACAGUUUCAGUGCCAGUUCCUUUGAUGAUAUUCCAAUGGUAUAUAAAAUUUAACGCCCAAAGAAUAUACUUUUGCUUUUCCAGGGAUACAAGCCUUAGCUUUAUUGUGGGUUGAUCAUCCAUAGAUGCUCUUUUCCAUCCCUUCUGGCCAGUUCACAGACGUAAAGAACUAUUAUUCAGCUGUCAUUAUUAAGGUUUCAUUAAAGCAGUCAAAAUUUAGGGAGAAUGUCUAUAGAUUUCAUUUCUCUAUCUUCACUGAAUUGAUUGAGGACUGAUGUUACAAAUAGUUUUUCUCUAAAACAUUUCCAUUUGAUUUCUCAUUGUAUUCAAUUCUCUAGUCAUAAGAUUUCUUUAUGUGGGCUACUUAUGUCUGCUCUGGGUUUCUACUGCUUUCCAUUAUUUCAAAUAAAUGACUUAUAUGUUCCAUCAUCUCAUAUUCGUUAGAUGAAUAUUAGGUGGUGCAGUAGAAGCUAGCCUAACUGAAGAAGCUUACUGAUGGUUGUAUUUCACAUUGGAAGUAGAAGCUAGAGACAAGAUUUUCUCACUUUAAGCCUUUUUGAUGGGAGAAAAAAAGAAGGUCCUACAGUGUAGGGGAAGCAAUGGAAGAACUUCUACCUGAUAGACAAGUAUGGGCUAAUAUGGAUCCAGAAGAACGAAUGUUGGCAGCUGCUACAGCUUUUACCCACAUCUGUGCAGGGCAGGGUGAAGGAGAUGUUAGGAGAGAAGCCCAAUCUAUCCAAUAUGAUCCCUACAGUAAAGCUUCAAUAGCCCCAGGAAAGCGACCUACUCUUCCUGUGCAACUACAGUACCCACAUGUAGAAAGUAAUGUCACUUCAGAAACAGUCUCUGAGGCCUCCCAAAGACUCCGAAAGCCAGUGAUGAAGAGAAAGGUGCUGCGUAGAAAGCCAGAUGGGGAAGUAUUAGUAACAGAUGAGUCGAUUAUCAGUGAAUCAGAAUCUGGUACAGAAAACGAUCAGGGUCUCUGGGACUUAAGACAAAGGCUGAUGAAUGUGCAGUUCCAGGAAGACAAGGAAUCUUCAUUUGAUAUUUCACAAAAAUUUAAUCCACCACAUGAAUACCAAGGAAUUUCUCAAGAUCAGCUCAUUUGCUCUCUACAAAGAGAAGGAAUGGGCUCUCCAGCUUACGAACAAGACCUGAUUGUUGCCAGCAGACCAAAGUCCUUUAUUCUCCCAAAGCUGGACCAGUUAAGCCGAAACCGGGGCAAGACAGACCGGGUAGCCCGGUAUUUUGAGUACAAACGGGACUGGGACUCAAUACGUUUACCUGGUGAAGAUCAUAGGAAGGAAUUACGCUGGGGUGUCCGAGAGCAGAUGCUUUGUCGAGCAGAACCCCAAUCCAAACCUCAGCACAUAUAUGUCCCAAACAAUUAUCUAGUACCAACAGAGAAGAAAAGGUCUGCACUCCGUUGGGGUGUUCGUUGUGACCUUGCAAAUGGUGUCAUACCCAGGAAGCUUCCCUUCCCUCUUUCUCCUUCUUAAAUCUUUUUAAACUUCUUUCACAGGAUUGUUUGAGAUAACCCAGCUCUUUAUAUCGUUCCUUUUAAAUAGAAACAAUUGUCUUGAAAAGCUCUUAGAAACAUCUUACGGUAAGGACUUCACCUAUCAUUGGUCUUUCCUAGCUAUAUAUCACAUUGGUAUCAGAUACUUCCAAAUUGCCACUCAAAUCCAGCAGUUGCAAGAUAAAUCAUCAGAAAGAACAACAGACCUGGUCUUUCUAUUUUUUCAAAUUAGUAAGGGCCCUUUGUGUCCUGUAACCUUUUUUACCUAUCAUUGUGAGUUGCUGUGCUUUAAUGUGUGUUUUUUAAGUUGCUGGGCAUUACACUUAUCAAUUAAAGUAUUUUGGAAAUUCA